GUAAAACAAAAAACGAACGCACCCCUGAAGUUACUGCGUGGGGUUUACACAACACGCCGACUCGAUCUCUAAACGGAACUCAGCUAAGGUCAUUUACUCCCAAUUUUUAUUCUUUAGUAACGCAUAUUCAAGCGGAAACAACUGACGGAGGAGUAGAAUGGUGUUUUUAACCCUGCCCUGUUGGAUCCGGAACCGUGGACCCGACAGAUUCUGGAAGGUCCAAGAACUUCUCAAGCAUGCACGGCACUUCAGAGGGAGGAAGAACCGAUGCUACAAACUGGCCGUGAAAGCUGUCAGGAGGGCUUUCGUCUACGCUACCAAAGGCCGAAAAUUAAAGAAACGUAACAUGAGGACGCUGUGGAUCUCACGCAUUGCAGCAGCAACACGAGAGCACGGCAUGAAGUAUCCUGCCCUCAUCCACCACCUGACAAAGUGCAGUGUUCAGCUCAACCGUCGCGUCAUCAGCGAACUGGCCAUCACAGAACCUCGGACUUUCCAUUCACUUGCGAAAAUUGCACGAGAGCAACAGCUAGAAGGUUUCCGUGUGGCGUUGGGUGACGGGAAAGAGCCUCCUGGUGUCCUCUCUCGUGUUAUGCUGCAGUAAAGGACUCAAAUUUGAUGGAUGAUGCAGUUAUCUAUUUCUGAUCCUGGAUAUAAACGUGCAACUUCUCAUUUCAGGCAGUUCAACAGUUUCUUUUUGUGUAAAUAAAUGUUACUGUUUUGUUCAUUAAACCUUUUGAAAUAUA